UCUCAGGUUUCUCUCUGUAUACACAUACGCUUAUCUACCUUUUCUUAUGUUUAUAAACGAGGUCGCAUAAAAGCACAAAGCGUGAAAUAAAUGUUUUGUUAACGGUUUAUUUAAGUAUAACAAGAUGAAACAAAUAUUUUUUACAGUUUUUCUCUUGAUAGUUUUGACAAAUCAGGGCGAUAGCUUGUAUUGCUACAGGUGUAACAGUAAUCAUCCUGGAUGUGGAACACCUUUAAAUUGGUUAUGGUAUUGGGGAGAAACUUGCCCAGAAUACGAUGACAAGUGUGUAAAGAUAAUUGAACGGAAAGGAGCGGAAACAAUUAUUACCCGUGAAUGCCUGAGCUCCGUACGUAGCUUUAGAACGGAUAUUCCUGCGGAUCAUUACGAAGGCUGCAGACCUGCUGCUAAAGAUGUACGAUUAGGCCAUUAUGUCAAUAACAGUAUUCAUCAGUUGGAUAUUCAUCGUGAUUAUUAUGACGAGGUUACAUGGUGCUUCUGUUACUUUGAUCAUAGAUGUAACAGUGCGGAGAUUAUGACUGUUUCAAUAUUACUUAUAACUUUAGAAAUCGCUGUACAGUAUUUUAUAUCCUAAGGCUGUUACAUAUAUGAUACAAUUUGUAGAAGAGAGAGGGAGAUAGACAAAACGUUUAUUUACAUUCUUAUUUACAAG